UUUAAAGUGUAAACAAGGAAAUGCAUUUCCGUUAAAUAAAAGUCAAAAUGGCAACAGAAUUUACAGAAGACUCGGUGAAAGAAUUUCUUCUGAGAAAAGGGGGAAAAGUUAAAAAUAACGAACUGGUCAUCCACUUCAAAAACUUCUUGAAUGACUCUGCCAGGAAAGAUGAGAUGCGAGAGAAGUUCAAAAACUAUGUGAAUACACUGGCAACAAUAAAACUAGAUGAGAACAAGGAGAAGAUCCUAGUGUUGAAGAAGAAGUACAUGCAGGACAGCAGCAGGGACAGUGACGAGAUGUUGCCACAGGAUACAUUCCUGAGAGCCAAGUCUGAGCCACCAUCUUCAGUGGACCGGCCUGACGGGGGUGUACAGUCAUCACUGGUGCGAAGUGAAAACGUCAGGUCCACGUCGGAUCUGUUGGCUGGGUCAGACUCGUAUAGCCUCGCCUCCACAGUGUCUUCCUCCUCACUGUCGUCAGGGGGACAGGAGUUGGAGGAGGACGUCAACGCCUCCAUCAUGAGUGUGAAGGAACGCGCUCAACACCUUAACAGAAUGGAGUCAGAGACCGAACUGCGAAAAAUAUCCUCCACCACUAAUUUGGCUGCUACGGGUAAAAAAGGCUACAAAAAGGGCCGAGAUCUGGAUGGUGAUGACUCCUCCACAAGUUCCAUGUAUUCUGGAGGCUAUAUGCCACUUUCUCCAAAAGAGAAGGAAUGGCUAGUGAAGUGUUCCAAGUCAGACUACCAUCUUAUGAAUGAGCUGCUGUCCAAAAAUCCUGAGCUUGCUAAAGUCAGAGAUUUCACCUCGGUAUGA